UCUCCUGGAUGCUGCGUACCCUCCCUUCACUCAGAGCUCCCGGGAGGGGCCUCCCCUGUGACACAGGCGCAGACCCCUGCACCGUCCCUCCCUGGUGGCUUCACUUACAGCAGAAGAUAAAGACAAGGAAGACAGCGAUGCCCUUCAUUCCCGAGGUGACCAGGAGGUCCACGGUGCCUGGGUUUCACCUUCAUCUGCCAGUUCGGCUCCUGUUUGGGGAGGAAGUAAGAGGCCAUGCGGUUACAAACCACUGUCCUGGGGUCCUGAGAAGCAAUGGCCAUAGAAGCUCCUGUGAACUUUGAACCACCUGAACGCAGCACUGUGGUCAGCCGACACACCGCAGCCAACAGCUUCACCUGGCAGCCCAGCCCACUCAGGAUGCACGUCAUCAGGCCCAAGUCUGCCAAGGGCCGGAAGCGGCCGAAUUUGCACAGACCCCAAGGCAUGGGGGAUGGCUCCCCCACCAUACUAUCUUCUUCACCUCCAUCACGUUCCUCCGGGUCACCAAGCAACAAGAAACCAGGAGUCUGUGCAACUGUCUCAACAUCUCAGGGAGCUCCUGAUGAGAUGCCGGAGCUGCUGCAGCAGGCGCCCAUAGGGACCGCUUCAUCUCUCAAUAAGUACCCAGUCCUCCCAUCCAUCAACAGGAGGAGCUUAGAGGAAGAGGCCGUGGACACUGUGGCCAGCAAGACCAGCUCCCUGCAGCUGAGCAGCGUCCAGGCCCUUUACCAAGAGGAGGCCCGUGCCACUGUCAAGUCAAGCCAGGAAGACUCCAGAACGAAAGUCAUCCAAACCAAAAGGCAGAGUUCCUCAAAAGGCAGGGCCUCGAAGGUGGAGGAGCCGUCAGAGGAAGAGCCGAGGCUGCUGCUGGCUGUCCGCUCGCCCUCAGGCCAGAGGUUCGUGCAUUACUUUAGGCCCAGUGACAACCUCCAGACCGUCCUCCAGGUGGCUGAGCAGAAAAACAAAGCCACCUACCAACACUGCAGCCUUGAAACGAUGGAGGUGCCCAGGAGACGUUUCUCUGACCUCAGCAGGUCCCUCCAGGAGUGUGGCAUUCUCCAUAAAUCCGUGCUGGGCAUCUCCCAGGAGGAGGGGGAGGGGUGGCCCUGAGCCCUCCGCACCAGGCUGAGGUCUUUGAGCAAAGAGAAUGUUGGGCAGCCUGAAGCCUCCAACACAGCCUUGGUUUCAGGUGCCACGUGAGCCCAGUGCAGCUAAGACCCCAGGGCCUUGUCUGUAUAGCAGAUCUGUGGCGGCAGGGACGAAUCUACACACGGGAAGAGCCCUCUCUGGAAAACUUCCUCGUAGCCCCAAAUUCUCUCCAGCAGCCACAAGGAAGUUCUUUAUCCGUUCCUGGACUGCAGCUGUGGCCAGGAUAUCUACUGUGCACUGCUGGCUCCUUCUAGAAUCUUCUGUCAGUGCAGUGAACCCUGGGUCUCUCAAAGCCAAUACUUUGCUUCUCUGUACUUGUCACCAGAUUAAACUCUUCCCAGAGAGGAUUCUAGUCUAGUAAAUAACCAGGCUUUAGGGAUCACGGCACUGUCAUUGGUGUUUCCUGAGAUACUGUGAGAGACAAGCUGUUGACCCUGUGCUUGGACGCAGCCUCCCUUUCCAGCUGCACCAGCAGAGAUCCCUGAGGAUCGCUGUUGGUGCGAGGUGGCAGCAAAGGGAAGAAUUGCCUUCUGCUGUCACAGGUCCCCCAGCACACAUCUCUGAAACGUCCUAGAGCUAGCCCAUGUAAAUGGCCUCUCCAGCCAUGGACUAGCCAGGGCUACUUUUGAGUGGACUGGCGGUUGGAGCUCCUUGGUAGCCCCUGUCUAUGUGCAGAAACCUUCCAAAACGGAAGUAAAACAAGCAGCAGCCUGUCUUUAAGAUGCACACAGCCACAUGUCUGUCCGAGUUCACACUAACAACGCCUUGGCCUACUUGAGCACAGGUAAAUUCUUUUAUCCCCCAGGCUCAGUGGCUCUCAACCACGUCAAACAUGGAAGGCCAGUGCUGCAAAGUGGGCCCUGGGGUCAGGUCCUCCGUAGGAGAAGGAAGGCAGCUCAUGGGGGUUUCUUUCCUGUGCCCCUGUUGAGACCAUGCUGUGCAGCUGGCUGACUGGCAUGGAGUGCCCCUCCCCGCCUUAGCCAGAGCUGUCACAAGCACGGCAGAGUCUUGUUUUUAUUUUUUUUCCCCUGGGGAUACAGAUCAUUUGCCAAAGUGCUCUCGUGUUGCAGGUUCAGCCAGACACCCACAAGUCAUCUGCAUCCCGUGAUGGCCAAAUCCCCAUUUAGAGUCAGGAACACUGAGACCUUCUGGGCACUUUGUCCCCCUUGGAGCCUAAGCACCACAUGUCCUGGGUACUGACUGGCACAUGCCCCCGACACACACACCCUCAGUUCACAGACAAGGCGGGUUUUAGGAGUUUCUGGAACAUCUCAGUGUCACUCCCUCCGCAACAGGGGCAUCUCGUGCAUGGGCCAACACCAGCAGUUACAGGUGUUCCUUCUAGCACACUAUCCCUUGGUGACAGCAAUGAUGACUCUGAACAGAGUCCUCCUACACCAGAUACCUCCCACACCACACAGAUCACUCUGGACUAGGAUAUUCCCGAACGUUUGCAAGAUUUACCAUCCUGCCUAGGUUAGUGGCUUUGUUGAUGGGAAAGAAAGGUCAGCUGGGACUCGACUUUGAUGGGGCAAGAUCAUGCAGCUGGCCACCUCGUCUACCCAAUGACCAUGACAGAAGGGACUGGUAGCUUGAGCUUGGACCCCCUCCCCAAUACAGGCAUUCCACUUACCCCCAAGGGUACAAUUCUGCCCCCAAUCUAGGAGCUUAUAAAAAAAAAUCACACACCUACUCUAUGGUAAGAAUAACCACCUCCCAUACCUACCCCCAGCUUGGUGAUCCAAAGCUUUAGAAUGCUCGAGUGAGAAAUGAAGCUUAGUGGAGUGAGAAACUCCUGGAUUUAGGAGUUUGCUGUUGCUUUGGUUUGGAAUUUGAAGGUGGUGGGGAAAAGGGGAGUGGCAUGAAGCAUAGGAAUAUUUUAGGAUCUUCCAGGAGGCAUGAUUAAAGCUAGAUUUGAGCCAUCGUAAUAACCUCUCUCUUUUUCUUCUUGGACAAAAGAUAAUGAGAUGAACAAUAAAAGCUGAUUUGUGUGAAACCACA